AUGAAGUCAUUGCCGCCGGCAUUCGUUCCCGAUGAACUCGUUACAGAUGUGUUAUCACGUCUUGCAUUAAAGCCGCUUAUGCGAUUCAGAUGUGUGCGUAAGUCAUGGAAUUCACUCAUCUCCGAUCCCACCUUCGUUAAAUUAAUCCUUCAUAGAUCUUCACAAUAUGAUUAUUUCACGCUUGUAAGUGCUAUUGAUUUUAGUGUAUCAUCCUUCACCUUUUAUCCUUUCUUAAAAAACUUUCCAAUCAGUUUCACCCUUCCUAAGGAACCUUACUAUCAAUUAAAUAAUGCUGUUGGCUGUUGCAAUGGAUUGCUAUGUAUGGUAGGCUCUUCUUGGCUUAAUGGGAAUAUUGAGAGCUGGUUUUGCACUUGGAAUCCGAUCACAAGGACAAUGUCACCAAGAUUUGGUUCUUUUUACGACGAUCUAACUACCCGUUUUAAUUUCACUUUUGGUUGUGAUAAAUCAAACAACACAUAUAAGGUGGUGACGGUAACGAGAACAAAUGUUAGGGUUUUCAGUUUGCUAGAUAAUGCUUGGAGAGAUUUUCAAACUCCUAUCGGGGCUCAUUAUUUUCCAAUGACGAAGGUUGUGUAUAUGAAUGGUAGUGUUAAUUGGUUAGCGUUUCACCAUCACUUUGGUCCUACUGACAAGCCAUCUUUGAUUAUUUCACUUGAUUUGGGUACCGAGACACAUACUCAGUUCCGGCCUCCUCGGGGUUUGGAUAUAGGAUCAUUUGUUACACCAAAUCUAAGUGUGUUAAAUGGCUCUCUUUGUUUUUCUCAUGAUUUCCAACAAACUCAUUUCCUUAUAUGGAAAAUGAAGGAAUUUGGAGUUGAAGACUCUUGGCCUCAGUUCCUCAAAAUUAGUUAUAAUAAUCUCAAAAUAGAUUAUCCGGUUAAUAGAUUCAACGUUUGUUUGUUACCGUUAUGUUAUUCGGAGAAGAAUGACACACUAUUAUUGAAAUACGAAGAAGGAUCAAUUCUCUAUUAUGGGAAAGAUAACACACUAGAGAAAAUUAGUGGCCCUUGGUUGUACACUUGCACGAAUUAUGUUGAAAGUUUGGUAUCCUAUUGUUGA